AAAUUUACCUGCAUUCCUCUUCAGUUCGCGUUUCUACGGUUCUAUACAAUUUCAUAGUAGGUCGCUUCCACAUAAUAUCCCUAAAAUAUCGCUGGAAAUGUUGCAAAAUUCUGUUCACAAAUCAUCAAAGCGGAAAAACUCAACGCACAAAUCAAAUUAAAAAGAAAAUCAACAGAGAGAGAGAGAGAGGAAAAUGGCGUCGACCUUGUCCAAAUGGCUCGUAGAUCCAAAGCGCAACCCCCUGGCUGCACUGCACAUGAAAACCCUGAAGACUCGCCUUAGCAGAUACGGGCUACGGUAUGAUGAUUUGCACGAUCCGAUGUACGACCUGGAUGUGAAGCAGGCGCUGGAUCGUCUCCCGAAGCAGGUUGUGGACGCCAGGAAUCAACGCCUCAAGCGCGCCAUGGAUCUCUCCAUGAAGCACCAGUAUCUCCCGGAAGAUCUUCAGGCUAUGCAAACUCCAUUUAGGUCCUAUCUACAGGAGAUGCUGGCUCUUGUUCAGAGAGAGACAGCUGAGCGUGAAGCACUCGGUGCCUUACCUCUCUAUCAGCGCACACUUCCCUGAGUUUAUAUCUCACCUUCUGGGGGCGGCCUGCGACUGAACAACACACUUCAUUUGAUCAAAUAAGGACCAGUCGUCCCAGUCCUUUUCUGGGAAUUAACAGACUGCGAAGAUUUGAACGGAUUCUUCUUUCAAUUGAUACCCAGUGAGCAAUAAUACUCCCUCAUUUUGAAAAUUUUCGGUUCACAUUUGCAGUUUAAUUUCUGCACACAAGAAUUAGGGCUUGAUGCUUUUUUUACCCAAUUUCUGGGAAUUUGGAUAUCUGAAACAAAUUCCAUUCAAUCCUCUGUUGGUGUUGGAUUUAGUUGUUGUCGUAAAUUGAUGAAAUGAAAAUGCAUAGAUGUUCAUAA